AUGCAACCCGAAAUGCUGUUGAAGAUUAAGGAAGAAGUAAAGAAGCAAUUCGAUGUUGAGUUCAUAAAAGUAGCCAAGUAUCCACAAUGGGUAGCAGACAUUGUUCCAGUACUCAAGAAAGACAGGAAAGUUCACAUGGCUUCUGAGGAGUAUGAACAGCUGAACUUUGAUUUUCCAGACGAAGAUUUGAUGGCUAUUUUAGCUGAAGAGACAGUUCCAUCUACUAGUGAAUAUUGGAAGAUGAAUUUUAAUGGUGCCUCGAAUGCCUUGGGGUACGAGAUUGGGGUAAUUUUGGUCUCACAUAGUGAAGAACACUAUCCUUUCACAAGCCGAUUGAAUUUAGAUUGCACAGAGAACAUGGAUGAGUAUAAAACAUGUAUUAUGGGUCUCAGAGCUGCCAUUGAGUGUAGAGUAAAGAUAUUCAAAGUAUAUGGGGAUUCAACUUUGGUAAUUUAUCAACUUAGAGGUAAAUGGGAAUCAAAAGAUACCAAGUUGAUGGAAUACCGUAAGUUGGUCCUAGAGCUCAUCAAAGAGUUUGAGGAUGUGAUAUUCCAUUACAUCCUUAGAGAAGAGAAUCAAAUGGCAGAUGCUCUAGCCACUUUGGCAGUAACCUUCAAAUUCAAUAAACCUUCAAGUAUGAUGCCUAUUGAGAUGCAAGCUUAUGAGUAUCCAGCCCACUGUUAUAGCAUAGCAGAGGAUGAGGAUGAGAAUCCAUGGUAUUAUGAUAUCCUGCAAUAA